GUAUAAAAAAAAAUACAACGUAAAUGCAAGAAUUUCAAUUAUUAUUUUUUGUCCACCGUAGUAUUCCUAAAGGUUAAUUAAUAAUAGCUUUUCCAUGAUAGCGUAUUGCCACACACGGAUUAGUUCGUACGAAUUAUUAGAGUUUGCUGUGUCUUAAAAUAUUGUUCGACAUCCACAGAAAAUAAGUCAAGACUUUGUAAAAAAAUGAGAUCUGUUUGCAUUCUUUACACGCGUCAUGAGAUUACUUACAAAAUUACAUAAAUAAUUUCGCUUUUGUUCUGCUACAAGGCUUUUAAUUUAAAAUAAACGCAUACAAUGUUUGAAAUUAGUUUCUAAUUUGUUCGUUUCGUGUUAAAUUAGUUCCACGGUUUAGUUACUGUAAGUUUUAUAAUUGAAAUGCUCCGUGGAAUUGGUUAAGAUGUGUGAAUUGGUAAUGGUUAUUAUAUUGGCGACGGCUGUUGCUGCAUUUUAUGACGAGACAGCAGAUUAUUGGUACGAGAAUGGAGAUGGCAUAGUGGUGGAUAACACCGAAGCUCUCCGGAAUGAUCUCUUCAACCACACCAAUAUACUUAGAGAAGGUUUAUAUAGACAGCUUCCUCAGGCUAUAAAAUAUCUGGAGAUGGUGAGAGACGACUUACGGCCAGCUGAAGCGUCGUUUUGCGCUGCAAAGGGCAUCAUGAAUUUUGGAUGUACUCAGUGUGUGUGCAUGGGUGGACAGCUGUUUCUUUGCACAUCGACGGUAUGUCCUCCGAAGAAUCAAACUCGUCGUAAUGAACAUCUCAGAUUCAUUAGCUAUCGUGAUCGGAUUCGCAUUACACGGCAAAGACUUCGAAGCCUUUUUGACAAAGGUCCCGGAGAUAGGAAGUGGUGGUCGCUUCCUUUACAACAACCGUUGUCAACUCCCGCGCCGUAUAAACCGAAGUGCAGGGAAGGCCAACGGGUGCCCGCUGACGAUCCGUGCAACGAAUGUAUCUGUUUAAAUGGCAAGUUUUCGUGCACGAAGAGGGAUUGUGACGUUACGCAUGUGCAGUUCUUCAAUUGCAAAGUGGGCACGUGGUACAACCCGCGAGGCGAAGCCGACUGCCGCUACUGUUACUGCUUGGACCCGUAUUUUUCAUUCUGUUUUAUGUAUUUAUGUUUAUCGCACGAGACUACGGUAUAUCCAAAACCUGAACCAAGAUGCAAGGGCAAUCAAGAGUUCACGCUGGGAACAAGCAGCAACUGCAAAGGUUGUACAUGUAAGAAUAACAAAUGGGAAUGCUGGGAAAAGUCAGUAGCAUGUCCAAAUUAUGAUGACCUCAAAUGCGAUGUUCCAGACAUCUUUGAGAACGGAAAUGGCUUCUGUAGCUCUUGCUUCUGUGGUGAAGAAGAAAAUAUUUGCGCUACCGACGUCUUCUGCGCUAAUAAAUUAGCCAAAAAAUAUAGUAAAAUAGACAUGGAAAGAACACGUAUUGAUAUUAUGCCUUAUAAUGAAGGAAUAAAAGUUGAAAUCUGAAA